AUGGACGAGAGAUGGGAACGGUAUUGCCGAAAGAGGAAUAAGAGAUACAGGGCGCUACCAGAUUCCUUGUGGGCGAACCCUGCUUCAGCUCUUCGCGAAGCAAGGAAAAAGGAGUUGACUCUGUUCCUUCAUUGGUGCCUACGUUUGCGGCGAGGGAAGAAUGGCCGGAAGCUAAAGGGUAUCAAGAAAUUCAAGUCUUUGGAUACCGAUUGGAAGUCAUUCCUGCGUCACUAUGAAAAGGUCACCGGGGAACCCAUGGACAAUGCGCUCGGAAGGCGAAUGAGAAAGAGUAUUCGCAGGAUUGCAAGGGAGCAUGAUUUAGAUACGGAUGAAAAAGAAAAGACCCUGAUGUUUAUCGAAGAUGUGGUACCCCUACAGGAGACAACACUACGUACAAUGGAGAAACGGUUCGAUCUUGGUCUUCAGCGCAUGCAGCAAUGUCUCUACCCUUUAAUGGCGUGCUUCACGGUAAAUCGGAUCAAUGCCAUGCGUCGUCUUCAGUACCAGCAUCUGCAGUGUUCGAUCCAACGGGAUCCUCAUGGUGGACCGCCCCGAAUCCUUCUGGAGAUCAAGUAUAAAUUUGCGAAGAAAUACAUGGGUGUGACGCAAGCUAACACCUUCCCCCUCCCCGAAAUUAUUUAUGGCCCGUCGUUGAUGCUGAGCCCUCAUACGUUCCUUCUCGGGAUUCUCUUUCAUGAUGAUGCAUUUCGAGCUCCGGGAAUAAAAUCCAUGGAGGACCUGCGACGCUUGUGGGUGGAAGAUGGCCGCCAGCAGAUGGAGGUCCCAUUGAAACGGGACAAGGCUAAGCACUAUGUAUUCUGCAAGGUCAAAUGCGUCCGCGGCAAGAUUCAGAUACAUCGCGAUCAGCCUAUCUCCCAAAGUACCCUAUCUCGACAGCUCAAGGUCUUUGGGGAGAUCGCCGGCUUUAAGUGGUCAUUGUUCACGCAUCGGUUCCGGUACGGUGGCGGCACCAUUCUAAAUGAAAGCGGUCUUGUUAGCGACGCCAAACAGAACUUGAUCAUGAAGCAUGCGGACAUCCGAACGUUCCUGAAUCAUUACCUUCCUCGGCGAAUCAACACUGAUAUGCAGGCGUUGAUGAGAGGACUCAAGCCAGAUUCGGCCAUGAUGAGGGCAGUCACUAGGAUGGGACGAUGGAUUGACCGACGUCGGCCCCGAGAGCUCACUGAUGCGCAGAAGGCCACGGUGGAGCACGAUCCAGAGCUGCAGAAGGCUAUUCGGAAGUGGGAUGCGUUCUCCAAAAAGCUUCAGCGCAGUCAGAAAAAGACUGGCCGGAAGCUCGAUAAGCUUGACAAACUAAAACGGGGAGUCACAAACACGCGGAAUCGACUGCUGUAUGCGCUCCGCCAACGUGUGCGAGAGGAAUUUGAUGAGGAGCAGGUGGUCCUUGAUAUUGAGCGGCAACUGGCGGGCACUGCUAUUCUAGAUGAAGAGGCUAAGGAGCAGCUCCAAAUUGAAGAGCAACUCCUUCCACAGCAGAUUCACCUGCUGGGUAAACUCAUGACUUGGCCUACCUCCUUGUCAGUGGAAGCAGAGUGGCAGCGGCGAAACGAGGCUACCGAAGCAGUUCGACUCUAUUGUGAUGUUCUAGAAGGUGGCCCGCGACGAGGCCGACGGCCCAAACAGACCGUUCCGGUGAAAGAACCCCGAAAGCCUAGCCUCCCUAGAGAAGAAGUUAUUGCGCCAACCGAAUCCCCUCUUCUUACCCCGUCACCCUCACAGCAUGAAAUUGCUUUGCAGGAGGCUGGUGAAGACAUCCGAACUGCAGCGAAGCCCCGAGCGUGCUUUCAGUGCUAUGGAAACCCCGCAGGAUGUGACAAUCGGCGUCUCAAGCAGUACUCCCGCCACAAGGGUCUGUUACGACACUUCCGAGCCGUGCAUCUGGAUGAUCGUCACUGUAACUACUGCAACGAGCCGGUGGACAACGAGAUGUAUUGGCGAAGGCACACCGUAGACAACCAUCGCUUGAAUGUCAGAUACCUAGAGGACUACCCUCAUGAUCUCUGA